AUGGAGAGACAGCGGGAGAACAGGGAAGAGCUGUUCUGGGAUCACCAAAUGUUGAAAGCUGGCAGAAUCAACACGGCUAUACGAAACACACAAUCCUCAACAAACAACUACAGCGCCAAAAUACAGGAGCAAAACUCAGAGCAGUUUAUUAUUCUGUGUCUUCAGAGCAGAACCAAACGACUUUCCACCAGACUUGUUCUUGAUGGUGUUUGGAGUGUCCUACCAUCCCUCUCUCAGAGGGUUGUUGUUACAUUUCGACAGGGCGACAUGUGUCACGGUGGUACAGACAUACUGCAACUGCUGCACUAUAAAUAUGACAUUAUCAAAGAGCGACUUUAUAGAGAGAUGUUACAAGAUGAGUAUGAUUCUUUCAAUGGAUUUGGUAGGAGUUUUGGUUCAGUGGACUUUCCGGGCUGUCCUAAGAGUUUCAAACGCAGAGAUCACUCUUGGUCAUCUAAACCGAGGGAACAGGCUUGGUCGGCUGUUAUCUUCCUGUCUGAUCUGGAGUCUAGUUAUCAAGAGGAGAAGGAGUCUCUCACAGCUCUCAUUAACAGAGUGGGGCAGGAAGCCCUUCGUGUAAUGUAUCUCAGUAUGUGUGUUGCUGUGCGGAGAGUCGAGAGAGAAAAUCAGUCCUACACGGCGCUGCUGGUCGCUAGGCAACACUGGGACAGAUGGCCUUAUAUGAGAGGCUCGGUCAGUCAGGAUCUUGCUAGAAUUUGGCUCCAGGAAAAUCAAGAUCACAUUACGAAAAAACAUCAAAACCGCAAGACAUCAAACUGCACACAACAGGCUGUGCUGCAAUAUUUGGUUCUGUGUCAAGAGCAAGAAAGGAAACAAUUGGUGGAGAUCUUGCACAGGAUUUCCCUGACCGACCUCCAGGGCCUCAAAAGCAUGCCAGACAGCAACGACAUGGUCCAGGGAAAUACAGAGGAUGUGAGCUGUGUGUUGAGACUGCAGCAGAUAAAAGCAGCUCUGCAGGACUCACUGACCGCAGGCUGUUCUGGGACAGAAGUCUCAUGGGGCGAAUGUGCCGUUCAUUUACUGACCCAGCUAACACUAGCACAGGAGGAUGAGGCCUGGUCCAUUUUAUACUCUCUUCCAGAUUUGGAUCCUGAAGGUCUUUGGACGGUGCUGCACAAAUAUGAGAGUGAGCUACACAGACCCAAUUUCCACAACCUGCAUGAAGCUGUGCAUUCACAUGUACCAGCGCAGUCUACCAGAGGCCAGAGUAGAGUGAACACUGACACUGAAAAAGAGAGAAUUGAGCAGGAAUGUGAAGCUUCGUCGGAUAGUGAAAAACAAGACCUGUGCACCGGAUGUGGCAUGGCUUUAGAUGCAGAAGACACUCCAUAUCUAGAGAUUCUGUGCAUCAGAGACCCAAGAGAUGAGCAGGUGAGAGAUGGAGAAAGAGAGCGACAUAUUGAGAGCAGAGGAAAUGACGAGGAGAUUUCAGUCGAGAAACAAAACUCUCUCAUCACACUGGCCUGGAGCAAACCAGCCCAUGGAGAGGAUCAGAUUCAGAAAGUGACCUCAGCUCUUCAGGAAGUGGAUGCAGCUGCGACAGCAGUGCAAGAGGAGAAACCUGCUAUUUACAUGCACCAAAAACAGAUAAGCACUGUGUCACUACAGCCCAGUGCACAAUAUGAAGAAACACAACCAGAACACCAUGUUAAUGUGACUCAAGAGACUCGGACAGAGACCGAACAAGUCCAUUCAGCCCUCAUCACAGCUGGACAGCAGCAUGAGGACGUAAGAGAUGGACAGACUCCCAGUGACAUCCAACAACCCACUUCCCAACAGCAGACAGGAAACACCAACACAACAGACCAAGCAAUAGCAAGAACACACACAUUUGAGGCACAUGAGAUGGAGGCCUCUCGACAGAAGCAGAGGAGCGAGGAGGAGACUUGCACGACAGACGGUGAGGAGCAGCAGCUUCAGCGGGAGGCGACGAUGCGCUGCCUAGUGGACAUCCAGAAGAGAGCAGAGAGACGCUGGCAGCGAGACAGAGACAGACAGCUACUCAGAGUUCAAGAGCGACUGGCAAUCGUCCAGAGUCGCAAGUCAGAUGAAGAUCUUCUGGGUCUGACACAGGAGGACACAAUCAGACAUCUAACCGACACACUACGUCAGGAGGACGAGCAACAACAGAAAACUUUAGUCAGAGAGAAACUCCAGCAGAUGAGGAGAGAACGGUCUUAUAUUCUCCAGAACAGACGAGAGAGAAACACGGCUGGAUUUAAAGAGCUACUCGCACCCACAGCACAACGAAUGACUGAAACUGAGGAAGGACACUAGAACAAUUUAAUGCUCAAACACCAAUGAUGAACAACACAAAUAUACACGCCAUAAAGCACACAAUCCAAACAUUCAUCAGUUUUAUUGAUGUUUUAUCACGGAAGUAACUGUGUUUGAACUGUGAACAAAGUGAAGUUGCUCUCAUUCAAACACUUUCAUAGUUGCCACUGAUAAAUAGCGCCCCUUACAGGUCUAUAUUAGUGCUUACAAUGCAUGCACACAUUGGCUGUUGAUAUUUCAAGAACACUGUAGAGAUUCUUUGGCAAACAAUAAAGGAAAUGCAUGACUCAUUUAGCUUUAUUGUAAACAGUGAGCGCAAUAAAACACUGUUAGAUUUUGGUUGCAUCUUUUUAUUCUCAAUAGAGAGCGUGUUGUAUAUCUCAUUGCGGUAGCCACAGUGAACCCACGUGUAUGUUAUUAAACCAGCACUAUGGACUUCCGAAGUGAUAAUGCACAAUUCCUGAACAUUUGGCGAGUAUAUAAUGAAACACAUUUGAACAUUUUUAUUGAACUCCAGUAAAUGCUGCCUCAGUCUCUCUUCAACAAAUGUAUGUGCAAUAAUUUGAACUUAAAUCACAAAGUCUGUUUAAUAUAUUCAGAGGGUAUAUACUGUGAAAUUCUACAAUGGAAAUGAAAGUAAUGAAUAAAUUAUUU